AUGAUACUCGUGCGACGUCUGUUGUAUCUUAUGGUUGUGCUGUUAAGCGUGACAUGUGUGGUGGCGGGUGAGGCACAACAAGAAGCUGAACUUGCUGAAGUGUCUCAAAUGAAUUCGCAUACUGCUGGAGAUGCUGGAGUUGUUCCUGCUGGUGUUGAUGAUGCUUGUAAAGCUGAGUCUCCUACUACUUCAGACUGUUCAAGUAGCCGUAGUGAAACUGCACUUCCUCGUGGUGAAUGUGCGGACUCUUCUCAAACGGAUGGUUGCCAUCCCACUGAACUGAAAACUGAAGGCAGUUGUCCUGAUGAUUCUAAACGUCCUUGUGCACCAAAGGCACUCCAGGAAGUUCUUUCUUCGGAUACAGCAGAACAUGGUGGAAGACCUGAACACGAACAUCAAGUUCCCAAUGGUCCAGUGGGUCCUGCAGGUGGUAAGGGUUCUAAUUCUGAUGAACCAAAUAAAGAUAAGGCUGAUGGACGUCCCGAUGGUGCCCCAGGUGAACAAAAUCUUCACCAUUCUCAAGCUGGAAAAGUACCUGAACCUGUUGCUUCUCCUGCUGCUGCUGCUGCACCUGCUGCUGGGAAUCCUGCUGUACCUGUAAGUGAAGAGGGAACUGGAAACAGUGAACAAAGCACAACAGAUGAAAGUGUAACUAAAGCGGAAGAUGCCGAAGCACAACCUUCUCCUUCUCCCACCAAUUCAACCCAAGAGAAUACCGGUGAUAAUAAUACAAACACUGGGAAUGACACCAAACCUGCAGAAGGUGGGUCGCCCAGUAACCAAGAAGAUAAUGCGAGAAAUACAGAAACCACUACCACCACAACCACCACAACUACACCCAAUAAAGAGGAAUCCACCACCACCACAACAACAACAACACUUCCUCCUGAACUCACAAACAACAAGAAGGGUGAUGCAGACAGCAGCAGCAGCAGUAUCAGCAGUUCUGUGUGGGUGCGUGUACCACUACUGAUUGUGGUUACACUGGCCUGUAUUCUUGUGUGCUGA